AUGACGACAUAUGCCCCCGCAUUGCGGUUCAUCCUGCGGCACCAAGUGCAGCCAUGGCACCCGUCGUCGACGCUGGUGCACGAAGCGGCGCUGGCGGUGGGGCGGCUGGCGCCACAGGGGCUCCUCGCGUUCGCGGUGGCGCUGAUGCAGCGCCAGACGGAGUACUUCGACGUCGCGGUGGUCGGUGAGACCCGGAACCAGACGUAUGGACGGCUCGCGAAGCUGGCGGAGGACGUCGCGGGCGUGCGCGCUGACGAUAUUCUCGACUUGCUGCGGAUCUCGGAUACGCCCUGCGAGGGGUACGGCGCGUUGAAUGUUGGGAAUCAGGUCACGGAUGAUCUGAAGAUUCACAUCAAGGCGGCGCGUCUGCUCGGCAUCCAUGUCAGUCCUACGGUGGUCGUCGAUGGCAUCGUGGAGAAUUCAAUUUCUUCGGGCUGGACGAAGGAGCAGUGGGUUGAGUGGCUGGAUAAGAUUGUGGUUUGAUUGGAU